AAGAAGAUGGAGGUCCCGGCUCACUGUGCUGCUGCGUUCUUCCUCCUGCUCCUCUCUCAGGCCGUGAUCACGGUUAGAUCACAGGAGGAAGAGGAGGCCGUCCAGCAGGAGGAGGAGCUGCAGGAGGAGCAGCAGCAGGUGAUGGAGACGUGGACGCGGAACGUCAAGGCCUGCACCUGUGACUGCGAGUCCGUUGAUUCGCCCACGCGCACCCCCGCUGCCAUCUCGCCCGUGCCGUCGAUGACCUCACUGCCACCACCUCAGGGUCACCCGCUGAACUGCAUGCCAGAAUGCCCGUACCACACACCCCUGGGUUUCGAAUCGGGAUCCGUGUCCUCCGACCAGAUCAGCUGCUCCAGCCAGGACCAGUUCACCGGCUGGUACUCCUCCUGGACCCCCAGCAAGGCUCGCCUAAACAACCAAGGAUUUGGGUGUGCCUGGCUGUCCAAGUUCAACGACCAGCACCAGUGGAUCCAGAUCGACCUGAAGGAGGUCGGGGUGGUGUCAGGGAUCCUCAGCCAGGGCCGCUGCGACGCAGACGAGUGGAUCACCAAAUACAGCAUCCAGUACCGGACCGUGGAGACGCUCAACUGGAUCUACUACAAAGACCAAACAGGAAACAACAGGGUCUUCUACGGGAACUCUGACCGCUCCUCCACCGUGCAGAACCUGCUGCGGCCCCCCAUCGUAGCGCGUUACAUCCGCCUGCUGCCUCUGGGCUGGCACACCCGCAUCGCCGUCAGGAUGGAGCUGCUGAUGUGUAUGAGCAAGUGCAUCUGAAGACGAAGGGGCCCGCUCUUUCAUCCCACAUUCACGCGUUUCCUGCCAACAAGCCAAAAAAAAGGAUAAAAAAAAAAAAGGGCCCAAAAAAAGAAAAAGAGGGCAUCGAUCCAACACUGACACACUCAGUAUCUCACAUUUGUCCUUGAACAUGCCUGCUGGAGACAUCCACACAUUUUCAAUCACCAACGAAAUGAAGGCAGUGUUGGAUCAGCCGUUUGCGAACAAGGAGAUGCUCACAUCUCGCUUUGGAGGAUUUAAAAACUUGAAAAAGCUUUGCAUUGUUUGAAUCAAAUGAGCUUGUUUUAUUGGAGAUUUACAGUCACAGAUGUAAAACAUGAAUAUUCUAAAGUCAUUACGCUUAUGUCGAGUUAGGGAUUCGUAUGUUCCCUGUUUGGGGUGGGGGGGGGGAUGAAGGAUAAAGGAAAACAAUAAUAAGCAGGUCAACACAGACUAUGCUACUAAAUCGUGUCUGUAACAAAAAGCACAAACUUAAUACUUGAUCUCAUUUAAACAGCUGAUAAAACAUUGUUCUGUUAUAAAUAUUACCAAACAAGUAGUCACACGUCAGUAUUAAUAUAAUACAUGGUGCUCCUUUGGAAAAACGAUAAAUUUCAAAGAGCGACGUACCGUGACAAGUACAGAGCGCACAGUCCGUACGGACGCACAACACGACGCGGUCACGCCUCUGACUCGGUGUGUGACAUGCCUCGGUCCUCUCUCAAACACACACACACACACACACACACACACACACACACACACACACACACACACACACACACACACAUACGCCGACACACGCACGCACACACUGUGCAUGUGAUGAAAAGGAAGUGAGGAAGAAUUUACAUGAGUCAGGACAAUAUUGCUGAGCCACGAAGACUCUUCAAGGUGCAACUUUUAAAAAAAGGGGGAUAAGACUUGUUUCUGCAGAGCUUGCUCUCUCAUGGCACUUCAUUUCCAACAAUAAAAAAAAAAACGAAGCAAAAACAAAACAGUGUUACAGUACACAUCGUCCCAUCACUGGGCUUCACUCUGAGAUUAUCUUAAAAGCUCCUACCAAAUGGUUCGGCUGUGGGUAAUCAGUCCGGAAACACAGCGGUGCAUUAACUCCCAGCCAGGUCAGAGAGCAGGUACCUGAAAACGCUGCAUUGAAGCGGAAUGGGUUAAAUAAUAUAAAAAAUAAAAUAAAAGCAUGCGUUGCAACUUAAAGGACAUGUAAUAUUGUAAACAUGAGCGAACCGUUACAUUAAAAAUUAUUGGCAUGCCAGGUGAAGAUGUUUCCCGAAGCUUUAAAGUUUAAAGUUUUUAAAAUAUUUUCUACCUCCCUUUACAGUCCUACUGUUUGUGUGUUCACAUGGUAAACUGGGGUUGUCCCCCACUUUUUGAUUAUUGCUCCGACUGUAAAUAUGGGCCAUUUAGGCCUCAAUUAGGAGUACAAGUGAUCAAAAAUAAUGAGUUAAUCUAAAGUUGAUUGAUCUUACCAAUCGUUACCAAUAUAACGAUUAGUUGAUGAGCAGCCAUUUUCUUAAAAUUCUAAGUUUAAGUUUUUCUUGUAUCAACAUAAAGGGCUACAUUUUUUAAUAAUAUGCUGAAUUUAAGAAAAACAUUGUUAAAUGUUAGCAUCAUUUUGUGUCAGCUACUAUGUGUUUAGAUUUUAAAACAGAACCGCAUGAAUCUGCUUUUGCGUCCCGCACUCCAGAACGUCUCUCUCUCCCGUUCUGGUGUGCCAGCGCCAUUUUUAUUCCUGUAUCGACUGACUCCGCUUAGGGUUCACCAGCAUCGCCCUCUGCUGGAUGGAGGCCAAACUACAACACUAAAACAAGGUCUAAGUGGACUUUAUCAGUUAAUCCGUUUGAACUCAUUUAAAUCGACAGUUAAUUGUAAGUCGAUUUUUUGUGUUUGAGUCUCUAGUUUCAAUGCAAUUAGCUGUUUCUCAUGUUGAAGACUGACCAAGCACUCUUAAUGUUCUUGAGAGGACAAAAGCAACGGACAGCAUCUCAGAUCCUCCACUAUACAACACAGAGAGUGUGAGGUGCUAAUUUUAAUCUUUUAUUUCAUACUACCCCACCUGGAGUGUUUACUGGUGAAAGUCUUCAUCUUAAUCUCCUCCAACAUAAACAAGUGGUUCCAGGUGAAGUCGCCAGUUUUGUUAUGUUUCGCCGGAAAUGGCUUUUCUCUGGCAUUACUCACACAUAACAGUUUGGUGUGUAGACAGCGUACGAUGGUUGUCAUGGAGACGGGGAGACUGAAAACAUGACGCUCCUGGAUGCUCUGUAAGAGGUGAACAGUGGAUAUUUGUCCUGCGUGAGUGGAAAGGAAAUGGGCCCCUGUGUCAUCCCAUGAAGACGAGAGAUGAAUAUUAGAAGAUUUGUAUAAAAUUCUGAUCAACUUUAAGUUCAGAGGUGCCAGCAGCAGCAACAAUUACAAUUUUGUUAAAAACAAUUCUGUAUUAAUGUAGACCUUUCUUUACUCUCUGAAUAAAUAUAUUAAAUGUAAAAGUUGGCUUUAAAAAAAAAAAUAAAAUCACAGUAAGAUUAUGCCAUUAGAGGGACAUAAUUCAUUCAAAGACUUUUUACACAUCUUUACCCAGGUUGCCAACAACUAUUAAGGUGCUAUGGCUGAAUAACUAGAUGAAAUAGUUGCUCAAAUAAUUUAGAAAUUAUAAAUAGCAAAUAAUAAUAACAAGCAGAAAGUCCUGGUAAAAAAGGCUGAAAGAGGUUGGAACACGCACUGCUACUUUCAGCAGAAUGUGACAACACUGAUGCAAAUGAGGGUAAAUAAACUGCUCUGACCUUAAGAACUAAAAGAUCAAAUACUGAUAAUAUCCACAUAAAAAAACACAAAGUGUUCCUUUGAGAGUCACUGCACCAGUAUGAAUGAAUUUAUGAUCCUCUCGCUGCUGUAAAAACACUUUCUUACAGUGAGUCAGACACGCUUUUCUUAUUUCUACGGCAGCUAGGGGUUGGAGAGUUUGGAGUGAGUUCAUUUCUAAAACGGACUGAAGUCGAGCCACUGUGAAGGUUCUUUUAUUCGCCAAAAAAAGAAAACAACUUCAUCGUCAGCUUCAGAUGUCCUCUACCAUUAACUGCAUCCCUAAAAUGUGCACAACGCACAGCAAGUUUAGUGAGCUGCUUCAAUUUAAACGCUCCUACCUAAAUGAUCUCAAAAACAUUUAUCAUACCUUUCGCUCUAUUUGAACCGCGUAAGAAUGAAGCAGGAAUAACGACGUGACUGCUAGAAAACAGUCAAUGCAGUGUUCUAUCAUGACCUACAGAGGGCGCUGUAGGUCAGAGUAUAGAAGUUUAGUUUACGGUUACAUUAUUUCUAAAAUGGCCGCAGUUUAUAAAGACACAAUAACCUUAAUGUCCUACAAAUGAGCAGUCAGAUGUUUGGACCAUCUCACUGUCGGUGCAGCUGAGACUUUUGUUUCUUUUUUUUUUAGUAGCACAAGAAUGACAGAGCAAAUCCAAAAGGCGACUCGCCAGAAAGAAAUUGCCAUCCUGGGUGAGAGGGACAUCAGUUCUGAUGUGACCAGUUUCUGCUGUAACAACUGGCUCGACUUGAUGUGUUCAGAAUGCUUUAGUUUAAUCUUAAGUUAAUACUACACAGUAAAA